UUGGUCAUCACCUCUGCAGCAGUAACCUUGUAGGCAAGGUGUGUGAAUCAACCUAUCGUCACGAAUCAUCGCUUUAAUCAUACUAACUUGACAACCAUUGUAUGCCAGCUUGUGUCAACACAAGACUGAGGUGCUCCUGAUCAGCCAGAUCUUUUGGGAAUUUUUUAAAAAGAAACUUCUGUGGGUAAAAGAUGUGCCAUGGAAUGGUAGCACCAAAGAGCAACACAGGAUCGUCUCUUGCCUUGACUAGCCAUGGGUUAUUUCUUCUGCUAGUUAUCUUUGGUACCUUUAUCUUGGAAGCACAGGCCACAGGUUGGCUCAGCAAAUCCAAAGGACCUGCAUAUUGUCCCCAGCCACCACAGCCUGAGAAUGGAGGCUAUAAGUGCCACCCUAGCCCCUGCAACAACCCUCUGACUUCAGGCAGUGUCAUAGAGUAUCUGUGCGUCGAAGGCUACAUGCUGAAAGGAGAUUAUAAAUACUUGACCUGCAAGAAUGGAGAGUGGAACCCAGCCAUGGAAGUCAGCUGCAGGCUCAGCCCGGAAAAGGACUCUCCUCCAACAAUUGGAGUACCCACGCUGUCCAUAGUAGCCUCCACAGCAAGCUCUGUCGCCCUGAUUCUGCUCUUAGUUGUGCUGUUUGUUUUGCUGCAGCCAAAGCUGAAGUCAUUCCAUCAUAGCAGGCGAGACCAAGGUGUGUCUGGAGAUCAGGUCUCUAUCAUGGUGGAUGGUGUCCAAGUGGCCUUGCCAUCCUAUGAAGAAGCGGUGUAUGGCAGCACGGGGAACUGCAUUCCACCCUCGGACUCCCGGGUGCAGAUCGUGCUCUCGGAGGGAGCUGGGCAGAACGGAGCCGGAGAAAUGCAGCAGCAGGACCAAGGGGCUCGCAAUAGCUUUGAAAGAGAAGAUGAAGCCCCCGGACAUUCUGGACUGUGUGAAGCCAGUGGCUCUCAGCGCUCUGAAACUGUUCUUGUGCAUCAGGCUGCUACCUCUUCCUGGGUAGCUGGCAUGGCUAGCAGUAGACCUGUACACAAAGAGGUCCAAGAUUCAGAAAGCAGUGACAUACAGAGCCUUUUAUCACUCACUUCCUCCGAGGAAUACACAGAUGAUAUUCCCUUACUGAAGGAAGCAUGAGGCCUGCUGUGUUUGUCUAGCCUUCUCCCUCUUGGAUUUCUUCCUCCUCCCCUCCCUCUGCCUUCGGGACAGAAGCACUCUGUGCAGCCUUCCCCGUCCUCGCGAGCUGUGCCCUGGAUACCUCCAAGCAGAGACGCCCUCAGCUGAAGAUCCAAAGGAUGUCGCCAGGUUGCCUCCUGGGUGCACCAGUGGAGUUGGUGCAGCGCUGGCUUCCCCAUUACAUCAGCAUCAGGGGCUCAAGGAACAGAAUGGAUUUGAGCUCUCCUCUCCUCUUCCCCAGCCAGAUGUUUGACAGCAGUCUCUGAAGAGCUGCUCUUUUCUCGUGCCUUUCUCCUCCUCACACCGGCUUGUUGCAGUUUAUCAGCCUCUCUAGCCCUUCCGCUGCCCAGAGAGCAGGGGCUAAAACCGCUUGCUCACCGGGUGCAGACACAGUUUAUAUAUAUGGAUAUAUGUUAUAUAGGCUCUUCUUCCGGCAUCCUCUUUGUGAUAGGUAGGGCAGGGCAAAACACCUCACUGGGACUGAAGCGGGGCUUGGGAGGGAUCCCAGUUAAGGGGCAGCUUGUGAUGUCUAGAAGCGCCUCAAAUGAGAUGGGCUGUGUGACAACUUAGCUGUGCAAUAACAGUUCGUUGAGAAUUGCUAGAGCGCUGAAGGCUGAGAAGUCCAACGUGUAGGAAUGCCCUCUGUUCCCUUCUCAGAAACCAUCUCUGCAGCAGUCCAUUCCUGAAAAUCACUUUUGUCUCCUCCUUCCUUCUCUACCCGUGCAGCCCACUUGAUUAUGCUGUGUUUCUAGAAGCUGGGACUGGGACUGUACUGCCAAUAAAACAACCCCUUCAGCUUUGGUCUGGUGCCAGGGAGCUGCUGGUGUUAGGUUGUAGAAGAGCCUUGGAAAAUGGCCAGUGGUUAGCAGGGUCCAGAAAGCUUGGAGGAUGUGACUUUCAGUUAACCAACCCUGUGUUAACUAUGAAUUAGCCCCAUUCACUGAGGCAUCAGGACUGGAACCAAAUUUGUGGCCCUGCUCUUUUGAGUAAGCUGUGUGUCUCAAAGCUUUUUCAGUUAAGGUGGUUCUGCACUAAAACUUAGGUUCCUUUGGUCACAUCUUCAGGCAGAGGUAACGCUUUCGAGAUGUAAUUUGGAAGUGGUUCAGGUGUUUGAAAAUGUCAAGAGAAGAAAUGCCUGUAGGUAGUGAAUGCCUAGUGCCAUUGGUGCAAUCCCAAAUUACCUUUCCAGCCACACUAGGUACCGUGGUACUUGAAUCCUGGGUAGCUACCAUCUCAGAGGCUAGCGUGUCUUCCUAGCUUCAUACAGCAAGAGUCUGCUGUUAUAUCCUAAUGGGCUUCAGUGGGCCCACAGAGAAGGGCUUCUUCCUUGUGGCUAGGGAUAAGCAGCAUAUAUAAAGUCUCUCCUAAAUACAACGCCUGUUGCUGUGAGGGAAGGUUGGCUACAUUGACAGCAGUGCCAGAGGACGCCAUAGCUUAUUCCUGAACCUAAGUUUUGAAGAUUGUUUCAAGUUCUGGUAGCAGGGAAAAGAAAAUCUGAAAAUACGUAUACCUCUGCCCCCAACAGUUAUCUACAACAGGUCAGAAUAUCCUGGUUGCUGUUAACAGAACUCUCUCUUUGCAGGAAGCCACAUUUGUCUGGGAUAGGUGAUCCAAUCACAAAAGCAUUCUGGUGGUUGUAAGGUUCUUCACCAGGGAGGUCUGGACACCGUUCCGUGGGAUUGGUUUCAGCAAGAAGAGUUGGCUUCUUAGAUGCAUGUACCUUGUCAUAACUGUCUUGAAGUAACUGGGGAAGUGUUUGCCCUGUAAGAAGCUGCUAAAUUUUUAUUUGAGUUGAAGGAGCAAAAUGUCAUGGCCUUACACAUCAUGUGGUAAUGUACAGGUGAAUAGGGAUGCUGUCUUUGCUGCUUUGCUUUUGGUUUAUGAUCCUCACUAUCCUCAUCCUUGUUGCUCCAGGAACAUACUGUCACAGCAUUUGGUAAAAGUGACGCAACACCUUUAUAUAUAAAAUCACUGUGGCUUAGCUCCAGCUCCUGGAAAUGGGGAUUGGCCAUAGUGUCCAGCCGUGUACCCGCUGCUCCUGUUCCUGAUCAGUUGUUAAAUCCCAGAACACCUGGGACAGCGUGUGCCUGUGGGUGGAAGAAUCCUAUUUUCCCUAUCCUUGUUUUAGAGGGAUGUUAUUAAUUUAAAAAUGCAGUAUUUUAAACUUUCUUCCCUUUUGCUCAUGUUACCUUGCAUUAACACAAGGAUUUGAUAAAUCCCAUUUGGGUGGUUUGGGUAUUUUUUGUUCGGUUUGGAUGGUGAAAAUCCCAUGUCAUUUUACAGCGGGCUGCGGUGUCUCAGCUUCAAGCACUGUAGUGGGAAAUGUUGUUUACGCACCUGCUACUGGAAUUUUAGAAAAUAAGCAUGGGAACGUUUGUAUUUGGUUUUUAACUCCUACCUUGGAAAUGGUCUAAGCCUGAGCAAAUUGUCCCAUUCACUGGUUUAUCAGGGCAGACAGAGGGAUUGAGCGAGUGUGGUGGUAAGGGAGUGCAGAGGGAAGAAUACCUGACUUCUUUCCUGCUACCUAGCCAUCUCGGAGCAGGAGUUGCUCUUUAUGCAUUUAAGGUCCUGUCUACUCGAACAGACCCUCAGCAGUCAAGGUGUAGAAGUCAGGUACGUGCUGUCUUUCUGCAAGGGACAGUCCUUUAACUCAGUGUUAGCACCGGGUUGGUGGGAGAAUCCCACAACGAAGCUGGAAGCUGAUCCCGAGGCCUGACCUUGCCCUGGACGAGUGCCUGCUCCGCCAGCAGAAAGCACGUACCGUGUGGCCCUGCCUCCUCUCUCUGCUAUUGUAAAGCAAGCAGCUGCCAGUCUGGGAGAGAAAAUUCAAUUUGGGUGGGGAAGAGAAGGAAGCAAGCUGCACAGAAGAGGGAGUGCUUUAAUUCUGUUUCAUUUAUAGAAAUUGUGGGAAAUGGCUUUACUAAGGAGGGGGGGAAAUGCGGAGGUGGAGGGAAGUAUGCAAGCAUACAUCUUGUGAUCAGGCAUAAACAGGCAGCUUCUGUUGGCUUGCUGAGAGGGUAAACCAGCAGCUCCCAGGCCAGCCUCUGCUGUGCUGGCUGGUAACACCAGCUGAUGCUUCCAGUGCUUGCAGAAGAGCCUGUCCCCGGCAGCAAGCACUCGUGGGAACAGGCCCCGAGGACCCGUGCAAGCCAGAACAUGGAAAACAGUUUGGGGGCAUCACAUUCCUCUUGCCCACGUCCUCAGCUUUAUAAUUUCUUUUCAUAUAAAAUGAGGUAGAAUGGCUGGGGAGGAACCUGAGAGAUGUCUGCUUGACAAUUUUUUUUCAAGGGGGAGGGGGAGCAAGGCCUCACUACUGAUCAUCAAGUGAUUAUUACUCAUUCAUGUUUUAAUACUGUGGAGGCUGAAGGAUUGGGAAGUCUUUUGGGCAGAGAUUUAGGAAAAACUAAAUUGCACAGUCCUGUACUUACGGGAGCAAGGGCUGAGGCUUAAAGAUCCCUCAGUCGUGAGCUCCGCUCUAUCUCAGGAGCGUUCAUUACCUCUGAGUGAAGAGUGUGUCCUCUUUGGCUGUUGCCAUAGGUAGAUGCAGCCUGGAUCUCGCCGCGGUGGAUGGGGAGCACAGGGACUCAGCCUUGCAAGAUGUAACACAGCAAAUGAUUUUUUUCUUUUGUUUUGUUUGGGGUUUUUUCAGCCUCCUUACCCUUUUUUCCCCACCUAUGUCUGGCAAAAGAAUUCAAAGGGAGGCUUUUUUCCUUAUUUAACGCUCCUGACAUAAUCAUCUCAUGUUCUGUCAUACAUGCUGGAUCCUGUGAUAUUCAAGAACAUUAAAAUUGUUUAAUUACUUUGGAACAAUAAAAAUAGCACUGUUAUUUUUGGAGUCUGAUAGGUUAAAAAAUUAAAAGGGCAUUUCAGAAAUUCAAAGUACUAUGUGCCAUAGAAAAAACCUCCUUGCUCCCUUUCAGUGUCAUAGUUUUUUAAAAAAAUAAAUAAAAUGCAAUCUCCUGCAGUGUUUACAGCCCAAGCAUUGCAGACCUUGGACCAGUCUGAGAGAACCAGAAAGUGAAGCUGACAGUACCCAUGGGGAAGCGGGGCAGUCUCCUGUCAGGACCUGCGUCAUGAAGCUCAGCUCAAACGAUUUGUGUCAGAGCCUCCUGCCACCUUGAAGGAGGUCAGCGGCAUUGGUGAGAGAGAUGGUUUUGUGUGUUUGGGUUUUAAAUAGCUUGCAUCUCCCCAUCAUUAACUGUAGAAGAGGUAAAAAAUUAAGUCAGGAGGAGAGACGUGCUGCAGCGUGUGAGCCUGUGGUCGUUGAGUUAAAACUUCAUGAGACUGGGAGGGAGAAGAGCUUAAUGCAUUUUUAUCCUUAACCACCAGGGAACUUGCUGCGUAGAAGCAGCUUACUCAGCAGGCAUGCUGCUUGUUGUUCACCCCUUGGAUGUCUCCCCUGAGGUUUCUCCCUGGCCUUUCAGCUCUGGUGUGGUGAUUCUUUCAAUGCAUCUGAAGCCUUUAUUUGGCCUUUGAGCACACAGAGAAGUCAGGUGUGUUAGGAAGAAAUCUGUUCCACUUGUUUUGGGAGGAAACAUCCUGAGAUGCUCCCAGAGGUGGAUGACUUGGGUCAAUACUGAGGAGUGGGGCUAAGAGAGCAACAGGCUCAGCCAUUGGAAACAGUCUGGGAUGGUUAAGUCAUUUGCAGCAUGGAAAAGGGAACACAAGGUGGGGGGUAAGGAAGAGCUGUGACUGAGAACAGAGGUAUGCUGCAGGCUAAUGGGCCGGUGCAUUCAUGACUGGGUUGUAAGGAAGCUUGUGCUUUGUUUAGAUGGUUUAGCAGACACCAGCAGGCUUGCUGUAUAAAAAA